GUCCCCAGCUUCGCCGUCUCCGGAAGGGCGCCGGCCGCCUUCUGCGAAGUGUCCAGUUUGCCGGGCAACGCAGCCACCCUGGGCGUCCGAGGUGGAUAAGGCGUACACCGAGGGCGGCGUCCACUUGGAGAUCGCUCCGGGCCUGACGGAGCGAUUGCGCCGACUGAUAGCAGCGGACGAAGGACAAGAGAACUUCGUCUGGGUCGUGGUGGAGUCUUGCACGGACUGUGCCCAACACGGGCCGUCGGUUCGCCAUGACGAAACCAACUACCUGGGCCGCUACCAGAAGCUCAAGGAGCAAAUCGAAGAGCGAUUUCCCACCGGCAUCGGCAUCGCCAUGCUGGUCGAGCCCAAAGGCGCCGAGGCGCGCCCCGAGGAGGAGCCCAAGAAAGCACAGCGCGGCGAUCUCGGAGUGGAGCCGACCCGACGGAUCGGAUCCUUCGAGGUCUACAUGUGCUGCGAGGCUCCUCUCCGGCCCUGGGGUGCUUUCCCGCUCUCGCAGCUGGAGCCGGACUUCAACUGUGUCUGCCUGAGCUCAAAGCUCAAGAGCCGCGCCUGGCCUUCGAUGGACAAUGUGAUGAAGCGGCUCUGUGCAUCGAUGCCUCAGGUCAUGGCGCACGUGCUCGUGCACAACGAGCUAGAGUGGCCGCUGCCCUUUGCGCAGCUCACCGUCCAGGCUGCGGACCAUUCCGUCCUUGCGCAUGGUGAGACUGACAAAGAUGGGCGCGUCAGCGUCCAAGUGCCGCUCUUCACGCCGUUGACGCUCAAGGCGGGGCGGCCUUCUCUGAUGGACUUCCAAGAGAAGUUGCUGGAGAUCGUGGCACCGGACACUCCAGUGACCUUCCUUGCUGAGACAUCGGUCCAGCUGUGGCAGCGCCAGACAUCCAUGGAGUUGAUCGUCUACUGCUGUGACCCGCGGCUCGACCCAGAGGAUAAGGCGGUUCCGGAGUUGAUCCCUUUCCAGGGCCAGAUCGAAUACACGCGUGACGGCGAAUACGUCUUCGUGACGGUGCCAGCGGGUGAUGAGCGCUACGAAAAGGUGGAGAGGUCAGAUCUGCUCAUGGAGUUCAAGGAGCAGGAGGGCAUCACGUUCAUUCUGAACAAGCAAAUCUGUGACGAGAAGUAUGCUGGGCUCUUCAGCUAUUCGUAUGUGAGCGCUUGGAUUACACUGACGGUCCACUCUUCUCUGGAGGCCGUUGGCCUAACAGCGGCUUUCGCGUCUGCCCUGGCCCGAGAGGGCAUCUCCGCAAAUGUCGUAGCGGCAUUCUUCCAUGACCACGUUUUCGUGGACAUCAAAGAUGCCGAACGGGCGGUGGCCACGUUGCAGAAAAUGUCCAGAGAUGCACAGGGACCUUCUACGUGA